AUGUGUCCACCUCCAAGCCAAGUGAAAACUAAAGGUGCGCCAAAAGUUUGGGCAAAUAGGCCAAGUUAUAAUCUGGAGGAGCGGUCUACCAAGCGUUUGCCUUCUUUAUUCGAGCAUGCAGGGUCUCAGUAUAAUCUAUCUCAAUUAUUAGAGGGACGACAUAAAAGUUCAAGAAAAUGGAGUCAGUCAUCACUAAACCCGGCACCAGUUCAAAAAUCAAAACCUUCUUGGCCCAACUUGGGACAAUUGCCUCUUUUCAUGCACCCGUUUAUUGAAAACAUCCAAGAUGUUGCACCAGACGGACAUUGUGGAUUUCGUGUUGUUGCUAGACUAAUCGGAGAAUCUGAAGAUUCACACAGUGUGAUCCGUCUUGAUUUGUCAAUUGAACUUAAGAAGAACAUGCAAAGAUAUAUAGAAGUAUUUGGUUCCGAAGAAAGAUAUAUGAGCUAUAUGUGGAGGAUGGUGAAGGAUAGUGAUGCCAACUAA